CCGGGCUGAGUGUCGGGAUAUGUGUGAAAUCUGUCGGAAUAGUUUCAGAUUUACAGACGGUUUUUCGUGAUAGUGAAGUGAUGGUGUAACGGUUAUUGGAUUCAAGUUAUAGUUAUUUAGGUGAUUAAGUUAAAAGCCUCAAAAAAAGAUGGCGGUGAAAUACGCGGCGUUGGUCGUCAUUUGUUUCAUCGCAGUAUCUGAAGGUCUACCGUCCAGGCGUAAUGUGGAAAACUUCAACUUGAGGAGCAGUGCAGUCUUGAAGAUGUUACGGGAAAUGGAUUCAAGAAAUGGAUCUCAAUCACAAAUGGAGUUAGACCUUCCGGCCAACGCAUCAUCAAUACGACAGAAUAUCACUAACAAUUUCAGUUGCGAGAACCGCACAUACGGCUACUACGCGGACGUGGACAACGAGUGCCAGGUGUUCCACGUGUGCCUCACCACGCGGUCCGCGGCCGGACGCAACACCACCUACCGCUGGAGCUUCAUCUGCCCCAACGAGACCGUCUUCAACCAGGAAGUCUUGACUUGCACCAGACCGAGAGAUUCUAUCAACUGCGAAGACUCACCUAGCUACUAUGAUAGAAACGAUGAUAUUGGUAAAAUGAAUGACACUAAAACAGAAGACAACAGUAAUAAUACGAGUAGCACCAACAAUAAAUCAAACAAACAAACCAAUACUCGAAAACAACAUAACAAUAAAAAACAAAACUUAGUUAUGGAGGAGACGCCGAAUGUGAAUAAACUAAUGGAUAUGGAUACGAAUAAAGAUGAAAUGGAAACAAUUAUUUACAAAGAAAUAGAAAAGAUGUUGAUGAAACAACAAGAAACGUUAAAUAACAAUAAACAAACUGAACAUAAUGUGGAAACGCAAAUGUCUGAUAAUAAACUCAAUGAAAUGGUUAACCAUGUAAGCACCAUUGCAGAAAACAUUCAAAUAUCUCCUACAAAUGAUAAUGCAGAAGUAAUUGAUUUAAACCUAGCAGGUGGCACAAAUACUGAUAAGGGAUAUGAUGCGAUGAAUGUAGAUGUUGAUGAAUUCAAAUUCACAACAAACGAUGAAGUUGAAAAGGCUGUAGAAAGCAGAACCACUGGUAGAGAAGGAAAAAGAAAUAGAGGAGCAUUCCGGUUUAGUGCUGAUAGUAAAAGAACAGCGAAGAAAUACCAUCUCUGAUACCAAUUGUUUUUUUAUUAUAAAUGUAAUUUAAGUACUUUAAGUAUAUUCAUAAUAAUAAAUUAAUAGUUUACAUUUUGAA